AUGUCUACCUUUGACGAUACCCCUGACAGCCCUCCCACCACCAAUGGUGCCAAUGGGACUCCAUUGAAAGAUACCCUGAUCAACAAUGCCUCGUCCGCUGUCAACACCAUCCAAAACCACCCCGUCACACAAAACGUGGUCAACGGCCCCGUUGCAACCUCUAUCAAGAACGAAGCUGGUGCCACCAAAAAUGAAUUCAGUGGUCUUGCCAGCUCUCGCCAGACUCCCUCGCACACCGCUGCCAAUGAUACACCCCUAACCCACUACCAUUCAUUCUUCUACACUCUCCUGACCUGGAAGAACAAGCGAGCUACUGGAAUUACUUUCCUUGCCGCAGUCGCAUUGAUCUUUGCAUUCCGUUAUCUUCCCGUCCUUCGAUACAGCCUCAAAGUUACUUGGACCACCCUUGGAGUGGUCACUGCCGCUGAAGUUGCCAGCAAGCUUGUGACUGGAUCCAGCGUCACCAACGCCGUCCGUCCUCGAAGAUAUUACAAGAUCCCCAAGGAGACUCUCGAGACCUCACUCGAUGACCUCGAAAACCUCAUCAACUUCUUUGUCAUCGAGGCUCAGCGAAUUGUUUUUGCCGAGAAUGUCAUUGUCACUGCAGGCGCCUUUGUCGCAUCCCUUGUCUCCUAUUACCUCAUCAAGCUCCUUCCUCUCUGGGGUUUUGCACUCUUCAGCACCAUUGUUACCUUCAUCGCCCCUCUGAUCUACAUUGAGAACAAGGAGCUGAUUGACUCUCAACUCGAGCACGCGGGAAAGAUCAUUGGCCAGCAAACAAACCAGAUCAAGGACUUGACAGCUGAACACACCAGCAAAGGCUUUGAUACUGUCAAGCAAUACACUGGUGCAUACACAGCCAAGGCACAGGAUUUGGUGGGCAACAUUGGAGCCUCUCGACAAAAGAUCCCCACCCCGGCAGUCAAGGAAGAUGCAUUCCCAAGCGCUCCCAAGACUGAUCUCCCCGCUCCAUCAGAGGAUGUCAAGGCCGAGCAGGAACCAUUACUUGCAUAG